AUGACUCAAAACAUUUGCCACCUAACCAAAUUGUCCUCGAAUCGUUAUAUCGUUGAUCAGACCAUGGAAUUUAGUCGUAAUAUGAAUGAGAAUAUCAGGCUACGAUUUACGGUACGUUACAAAAUGUCCAUGGCCCCGAAGGAAAACACAUUCUUGAACGUCACCAUGGGUCUUUGUGAAUUGCUGGAUGAUAGAGUUUCAACAAUUUUGCUGCGCUCCGUUCUUGAGGAGCUACGAAAAUCAAGCAAUUUACCCUAUGCAUGUCCAUUGGAAAAGAACUAUCUCUACAAAUUGGAAAAUUUCUCAUUAACCGAAUCGAUGUUCCCACCUUAUACACCAAUUGUAAAUUUUAAAUUUCGUGUGGAAAUGUUUGAGAAACAAAAUCAGAUAUUGGGUUCAUUGGAGACUCAAGGAGCAACCAUAAAGAAAUAA